AUGGUGCGCGCCUUGUACGAGGCAGUGGACAGCUACGAUGGCGAGUUAGUGACAAUAUCCCAGAUGGGCAUAGACUUCAAAGUGGCGCAGCUCAAGAAGGACCCUACGUUUCAGAACGAGAAGCUCGGUGACAUCCUUAAGAGAUACGAGGAGGUGUUCGAGGUGAUAGUUGACAGCACCAGAGGAAUGUUAGCCAGGCUGCAGCCGGGCGCCCAGGUAGCCCUGCCGGACGCCGAGGAGGCGUUGGCGACGGCGAUCUCCGAGGCGGAGUUGAUGCUGCCAGAGAGGAUCAGGAGCCCCAUGAACGUCAAGGACAGGAUGCAGGCCCUGCGCAUAGAGAUCGUUCACGCCCUGCACCGCCGCGGCGGCCACGCUUCUCCGCAGGACCUGGGCCAGGAGCACCGCGUUCAGAAGUACAAAGCGAAUAUAGCCCAGGCUAAGAAGCUCAUUGAUUUCAUCAAGCUUUUCCCAUCGAACUUUGAAAUCACGUACGACGCGCAACAGCAAGCUUCAUUGACGCUCAUCUCGUUCGACGUGAACGAUUCCUCCAUGAUCGAUAUGUCGAUCCAGAGGAACAACGCAUCGUUUUCCUCGAGUGGAUAUGGACCUCAGAGGAACAAUAGGUUUACCCAGGGCGGUGGCAGACCUGCCCCGUUCCACACCGGCACCCAGAGGCCGAUGGGCUUGCCCGCGGGACAGUUCGCGCUGCACGGCAUGCCCGGCAUGCCCAACCCGCUGGCGGCGCUGGCGGGCGUGCUUCAGCCGGCGUCGAUGUCCGGUUUCAGCGACGCCCUCCGCCGGUGA